CCAUUAAAUCUAGGAAAUCAACAAUGUUUGUAAUGAAGAACAUCAGACUCUGAGCUGUAACCCGAAUUCUUGUCCAAAAUUCAGCACACUGGCAGCGAGCACACGACACAGACUGCCAUUUGGCCUGUCGACGUCUUUGAGACACACUUGCCCACCUAGGAAGGCACAGUGCAGGUACCUGUGUGUUCUGCCACUUGGGUGCCAGCCCGGAUCAGCUCACAGACGCCCCGCCUGUCCCCUUGGGCUCCUUGUCUUCAUUCUCUCGGGGCCCUGCGCACCUGAGUUCUCCGUGCUUGCUGGAAUGGUGAGCUUGUCGGCCACAGACUGUUACAUUGUGCAUGAGAUCUACAAUGGGGAGAACGCGCAAGACCAGUUUGAGUAUGAGCUGGAGCAGGCCCUGGAAGCCCAGUACAAGUACAUUGUGAUCGAGCCCACCCGCAUCGGCGAUGAGACCGCGCGCUGGAUCACCGUGGGCAACUGUCUGCACAAGACCACCGUGCUGGCGGGCACCGCUUGCCUCUUCACCCCACUGGCACUGCCCCUAGAUUACUCCCACUACAUCUCCCUGCCCGCGGGCGUGCUGAGCCUGGCCUGCUGCACCCUCUAA